AUGUCUUAUACGUCUAUAUCAGAUAUAUCUGCGAGUCAAUACGUGAUAUACGUGAUUGGUUCAUUGAGUUACACUUCUAUGUUUGAAUCACUAUUGAAUGAUUACUUCGAUCAUAAACCACAGAAGGAAUGGUUGGUUAUUAAUGCCUUGCGAUACAUAGAGCCAAAAACCGAAUUAUUAUCUUCAGACACAAUCAAUAUUUUCAAGGAUGACUUGUAUUCGCUACUAAAAAGUUUGAGUGACAAAUGCUAUGUGCACGAGUUUGCCAAGAAAAAGGCGAGGAAAAUUCUGACAAACUAUGAUAAGUCAUUCUUUUCAGCCGAUGUAAAACGUUUUAUUGAUGAAAUUGAACUAAAAAAUGAAAAAAAGGAAUUUCACACCGAUAAGUCGAAGAGUUACAUCCGCAAGUACAUUAAAGGCACUGGAGCAAUCGAAGAUUUGCGCAACGCAACAAACACAACAUCAACCAUUGAACAUGACUCGGAAAGGAAACAUGAAGAUCUUAGGGGAGAAAUAAUGGAUGGAGUCGAGAAUGGUCAAAUUGUUUCCGAAGCACAAGAGCCGAGUGAUCUCGGUGCGCAAAGCUACGAUCAAGAAGAUCAAGACCUAUUGCGAAAUACAAAUAUCCUAGGGAAAAGGGAAAAUGCAGGUGAUGCUGAGGAAGAACGAGUAUUAAAAAGGCAAUAUAAUCAAGACCAUAACCUUAUUAUUGAGUCACCUAAGUUUUCGGAAUCCAAUCAGCACCCUAUCUUUUAUGGAGGACUUCCAAAUUAUGAAGAGGGCAUAAAUAUUGACCCGGAAUUAUCAAUUGUACCGACUUUUUAUGAAGAACAUCGUAAACAUAUUUUCGAUUUCGUUGUCCUCCUUUGGGAUCUCAAGUGUGGAUUAUUGGAAACUUCCAACACAAUAUUUCAGCUGAGAGAUGAACAUAAUGAUAAUUUGUUUGAAUCAUCAAAACUUUCCGGAAGCCUUCCAGCGUAUCCAUUUACACCAAAUAAAGAUAGACACAAAAUCGGUAUUAAAGACGCAAAUGAAGAUAGUGAUCUUGAUAAUUCUCCAAUUCGAUUUGGCAGAAAUGAUAAAAAAUAUUUUGAAUCGUGA